CUAAUCGAUUUGUCUCAAAAGCCCUACAUCCAGUUGAAUCGCAAAUAUAUCCUAUAUUUCUGGUUUUUGAUCAUCAUCUCCAUUUUCUACGGCUUACCGGCAGUGCAACUGAUUAUGAUUUACCAGAAAGCACUAGUGGAAACGGGUAAUGAAGAUUUGUGCUACUACAACUUUGAGUGUGCUCGGCCUUUGGGAAUCUUCACCGCGUUCAACAACAUCAUCUCCAACGUGGGCUACGUUAUGCUCGAUACGGCGUACAUGUAUAUUCUGGCCAUGUUGAUCAUGCUGAAAAUCUACCAGACCCGUCAUCCGGAUGUGAAUGCCACUGCUCACUCCGCCUAUAUGGUGAUGGCUGUGGUCAUCUUCCUUGGAGUCACAGGAGUGAUCUACGGUAGCGAGACAUUUUGGAUCGCGUUCACCAUAUUUUUCCUACUAAUGAGCGUCGUACUCACCGCUGAAAUAUACUAUAUGGGCCAUUGGAACAUCGUUUCCGAUUCACGAUCCGACCCAAUAGUCGUUGCCCCGUGGAAGUACAAUGGGAUCCAUGCUUUGAUCUCCUCUUUACUUCCCACUGAUCCAUCGAAUAUUCUGGGACCAUAA